AUGGGUCCACGGUCAAUGUUGCUGAAUUUGGACAUGAAGUCAGCCACCCACUGCUCAUCUGGCUUCGAGCACCCAUGGGUAUCAAAGGACUUUGGACGGCUAUCGAACAAUCGGGCGAACGAAAGUCUCUUCAGGCAUUUUCGGUCACCUACUGAGCUUCAAGAACUGAACUUCCAGGUGACAACCGCCUUCGUCUCGGUGUCAACGUUACCUAUUCUUGAUGAAUGUGCUACCAUCGCAAACAAGAUGUUGCACGAAGGCGCCUUGUACAUAUUUUUCAACAAAUUGAGGAUUUAUCUGCAGAGCCCAGUCUCACUUGUCUUCAUCUUUGAAGGCCCCUCCAAGCCUAGGAUCAAGCGCGGUCACCAGGUUCAAGGUCACCAUGAGCCGUGGUGGUUCAAGCUGGCCAAAGAACUGAUUCAAUACUUUGGAUAUCAUGUUCGUGAGGCGCCCGGGGAGGCUGAGGCCGAGUUGGCUAACCUCAAUUGCCUUGGCCUGAUCAACAGGGUAAUCACUAGUGACAGUGACGUCCUUAUAUUUGGGGCGAAAUUGGUGUUCAGGAUUCUCUCCAACAAGAACAGAAAUUUUGACGAUGAAUUUAUGGUAUACAGUGAUGAAGUGUUGGAGAAGAACCAUUCUCUCACUCUGGGUAGCAUGGUCCUCAUAGCAUUGUCCUCUGGUGGCAACUACGAUGAAGGGAUUGCAGGUUGUGGGCUGUCGACCGCCCAAGCGCUUGCCCGUUGUGGCUUUGGGGAUGAGCUCCUUAAAGCAGCGUGUAUUCUCAAUGAGGAUCGUCUGAAGUGUUUCUUGGUGUAUUGGAGGCUCGUGUUGCAGAAGGAAUUGGCAACAAAUUCGAAGAAUAUGUUAGGAUCGUGCCAACCGACCCUCGCUGCUGCCAUUCCUCCCGCAUUCCCCAACCCAGCAAUCCUGAAACUCUAUACCAACCCGAUCACGUCGUCUUCUAUCGGGUUUUCUCUGCCAAACACAAAAUCUUGGGUUGGCCGCGAGCCGUUCAUCCACGAACUUGCCCAAUUUUGCUCUGACUACUUUGGCUGGAAGACCGAGGCAAUGCUCAAAGCAAAGUUUGAAAGCCUUCUGUGGGAAGGCGUCUUUCUCCAAAUGCUAUAUUCACCCCUCUCCCUGUACAACCUGGAGACAAAGUCCCUAUGCACACCAAACACCCAUGCAACAAUUCUCAGCAUAUCACAUGGCAUUCGCAAGGGUCAAUAUCGCAUGAAGAUGGGUGAUGGAAAACACCCCAAGAUUACCGUGCGCACUGACAACUUCAUCUCUUUGAUGGGCGAAGGCUUUGCUGCAAGCAGCGGGGACAAUUCCAUCAAGGUUUGGGUCUCGAAGAGGGCGUUCAAAACAAGCACUCCUGAGGAUUUACAGCGCUGGUCAAUGGACCAACCUGUUGCCUCUUCUUCCCAUGCUGAAUUGAAGAACUUCCAUGAGGUUAUUGACCUCACAAAUGUCGACGGCGACGACUGA